AUGAUAAUUCUUGGAUAUUGGACUCAUAGAGGAUUUGCAUAACCUAUUCGCUUAUUGCUAGAGUAUUUAGAAGUAGGAUACCAAGAGAAACUUUAUGCUGAAGGCGGAGAUGAAUGGUAUAACAAAGAUAAAAGAGAACUGAAAAGUAAUUUUCCUAAUCUUCCAUAUUUGCUAGAUGGGGAUAAUGUUAUAACAGAAUCUAAGGUUAUACCUAUCUAUUUAAUAAAAAAAUUCAAAAGAUUUGAUCUUCUUGGAUAGAAUGAAGAUGGCUCUUUUAAUUUAGAUGAAAUCACUGUAUUAUAGUUGAUAGAAGUAGCUAAAGAUUUAAUUGACUAGCUUAAUACUUAGGCAAGAGUACCUUCUUUUAAAGAAGAAAAAAUGAAAAUUUUUAAUGAGAAAUUCCAAAUUACUUUUGAGAAAUUCAAAAAAUAGCUUGAUGGACGAGAUUUCUUGGUUGGAAAGUUUACAUAUGCUGAUUUAUAUUUUUACAACAUCUUAAAGUAUUUCCACUUUUUCUACCCUGAGAUAUCUAUAUUUACCGAAUAUAUUCAAAGAAUCGAAAAUAUUCCUCAAAUAAAAAAAUACCUUCAAACCAAAGAUAACUAAGUCUACCUUUUAGAAAGAUUGAAAAAGUUAUUUUAUUACUGA